GUAUCGGCGGUGACCGAGUCGGUACGCUGUGAUCGCGCACGGACAGCGGACGGACGUCGCGUACGGAACUGCGAAAAAGAGAGGAAGUGGGUACUUUUCCAGGCAGCAGCGACGACGUGCGUCGACGUCGGGCGAAUGUCGAGAUUUCUCAGUGUGCGGAGGAGAUGCGCGUGUCAGGAGACCACGGGGCGAUGAGUAACGACGAGUCGGCCGAGACGCAGGACAUGAAUCGUGCAAAAUGAGGAGAUCGUGUAACCCCACGGCGGAGGCCCGAACAGUGGACUGCCUCGAAGCCACGAGACGCCUGCACAAGAAUGUGACAGAGAUUAUCAAGAAGUUGGAUGAACAGAAAAGUCGUGCUCUAACGGUAGUCGACAUAUUUGUCCCAUUGGUGGAAGUUCUGCGUGCAAAGCUCAAGGAUUACUGCGCAAGAUUGAUACUGAAAGAUCCUGUUGGAAAUGCACACAAAAUCGAGGGACAAUUAUGGCGAAAGGCCUUUUACGAUGUUGUGUAUGCAGCAAAGAAAUUGCGGAAGGAUAAUUGGAAUGAUUCGGAGAAAGCGUUGCUAUCAGUCCAUUUAACAGCUGGGGUAGGCUAUUAUCAUCAUCUGAUACUGAAGCUGCAAAUCGAGUAUGAUUUAGAUCUCAUUGGUAUUGUUGACUUUGCGUUUGUUCAGACGGAAACUAUUUCAUCAUACGCAAGAACCAAGACAGGCCAAUCCAAGACUUAUGGCAAGGAGGUGAAACAAUGUGUCAUGCGCUUAGUCCACCGAAGUCUGGUAUGUCUCGGAGACCUGACCAGGUACAAAUUAGAAUUAGACUCAAAUUGGGAUCCAAUGAUAGCAAACAGAUACUAUAAAAUGGCUAUAGCCGUUGAUCCCAACGUCGGUAUGCCUCACAAUCAACUUGGCACUAUAGCGGGUGACAGUAAUUACGGACUGGAUGCAGUCUAUUAUUUCUUGAGAGGUACUCUGUGUCCUGAGCCAUUUGAAAGAACGGAAGAGAAUUUGAAAAGAAAUAUCUUGACUUAUUCCACUUGUACUGAUGAAAAUAAUUCUGUUCAUCACUGCGUAUCGCGAUUAUUCUCUUUGUUACGUUUGUGGGAUCAGGAGAACCCAAAUUCUGAUAAAAUCAAUCAGGAAUGCCAGGAUCUUUUAACCAACUUGGAGAAUUGCUUAAGCAUGGAACGUAUGGAACCAAGCAAUGGGAAUUCCCUUGAAAACGUGGACAAUAUAGAGGCGUACCUUCAAAAUUGCAAGAAUCGACCAACGCUUUAUCUAACAGACGACAUGGUGUUUAAGAUCGUGACAAUAUGCUUAAUGUCAAUUUCUAGAUUAAAGAGUAAGGAGUCCAACGAGGUGCAGGGCGUCGUUGCCGUGACUUUAGCAAUAUUAUCUCAAUUGCUACAAUUUACAAUAACAAAACUGCAGGAAACAAUCAUGAACAUGGCGGCAUCAGAUAUGGAGGCGAUUCUCAAAGUGGAUUCUUACUCCUCGAAGCUACAAAGUACACAGGACAGUCGCGUAUUAUCCGAGUGCGAGAGCAACGGAGAUUGUACGAGAAAAGAGGAGCCGACUUUGAAUCAAGACAAUAAUGUUCCCGACCCAAAUGAAAAAGAUGAUAAAUCUGCCGUUGAUGGAAAAGCGGAGUCCGUGGAUAAUGGCGUCCUGAGUAAAUCGGGUCCCAAGAGGACUCGCGAAAAGUCCAAGAACCUUCUCAGCAAGCUGCGUAGGCGGAAGAGGAGAACGAGGACUAGUUCCGACUCGGAUACGAGCGAUGUAGAUCAGUCGGCGUUGGCAUCGUCCAGCGACGAGAUCAACUCGGACGUAUCGGAGACGGAGGAGGAUGACGCGCUGAGCGAAGAGAACGAUGAUGCGCUGUCGGAUGACGGUUUGUCGGAUAAUAACACGGACGACGAAGUCCAGAUCAUUGAAAAUGCGACGGCGAAGGAAGAGAUGAACGGUCACACCAGCGAGAGCUCCGACAAGACGGAGCUCUGCGAUGAAAAGGGCGACACUAAUCAUAAUCUGGUUAAUGGCGAACGGCACGCGGCUGAACAAGCGGAUUCAAAAGUGACGAGCGACAAGGAUUCCGCAAUGAAUUCCAACAGCGCCACAACCAUCACGACCAACACGGACUCGAUCAGCACCUUCGACGAGACUAACGGUCAUUCACACAACCAGAAUAGCAUCUCUCACAUGGCACAGCUGAAAAAGUGCAGCUUGAAGCCGGACGAUGUCCUGAACAUGUUGAUCGACAAGGAAAUUCUCGCGUCUAUCAAGGUGUGCUGCGACUGGUUGCGAAGUAAUCCGGAUAUCGUGCGGAUAUGCGCCAAGAGUUCGCGGACGUUGCUGAAGCGUGUCGCGAUCCUGUUGAAUCUGAUCGACGUGGACACCAACGGUCUCGCACAGAGGAACGGCGACCUUGCCAUUUUGUCGAGCGAGGAAAGACUGAAGCUGUGCGUGAGAACGGUACCGCUGCCGGAGGAUAUCGAUCUGAAGGGACUGCAUCUGCUGGAGGAUGCUCACAGACCUCUCGAUUGGCAAAUGUUGCGCAAGCACCGAAUGAACAAGCGGGAGGAGACGUUGCUGAGAACGUUGAAGCUAAUCGAGUUCGGGCAUCAUCUUACUUCCAUCCAGAACUCCGGGGUGCAGUACGAUCAGACCGAGCGUUCGUUCGUAGUGGCGGACGCGAAUCCCGUAGAUGAUAGGCCGAAGACGAUAGGCUUGGACGAGAAGAACUUCGGGCCGGAGCACUCGCGCGGCAAGCUCAUGAGGCACAUGGGCAAACUGUGGCUGAAGGCCGAGGUUCGGGCUUUAGAAAACCAGUUACGAUCUCGGCUGAUGUCGCCGUAUCUUGUGCCGGAUCACGAGGCCUUGACCAAACACACGCCGGCUCUCAAGCGUCUGGUGUACACGAAGAAGUUUAUAGUGGUGAUUCCCUCAAUUGUCGUCUCAGCCUUGGACGAGAUGAAGCGCGUCAGCAGCCAGGCAAGAGAAGCAACGCGAUGGCUCGAGACGCAGUUGAGACGUGGCUCGAGAUUCCUGCGGGCCCAGAGACCUCAGGAGCGUUUAGCACUCCCUCUGAUCAAAGGUCCUAGACCGAAAGACAAGGAAGCGUGGUUGUUUUUCCAGAUAAUAGAGUGCUGCCACUAUCUCACGCAGCAGGCGAAGAUGGGCUUUACCGGUGACGGCGAGGCGCCGGUGGUUACCCUCUUGACUGGUUGCAACCUGGAAGACAGAAAAGCUCUGACUUUUAGUCCCGAUGGAUUAGCUAAAAGUGCAGGUGUUAAUCUCGAACACAUAGAAUCGUUUCAAAUGAAGUGGAAAUCGUCGAGUAAGAGCCACGGCUGAGCAUGACGGCUGCCCACGUGGUCAUCUGCUGCUAAUCUCAUUGAGAUGCCAUCGUCGUCCAUUCGUCGUCCGGGAUACAUUCAGAUCCUCAGCCGAUUAGACGGACGGCGAGCGCGAGGGGUUGGAAACCCGCACAUACGAAAUGGGGAAAAUUCACUGAGUUGUACCGCGAUAUAAUCGGUGUCGACAGAGUGUCCUUUCCUGUCACGUGCAGAGAAAUCCUAAGUAAUAAAAUGUUUUUUUUUUCCUCACUUUCUAACCAUUCGUAUUGCCAUUUAUGUUUAAAAGGAUUGUAUUUUUAAGUAAACGUUUUUAAAUAAC